AUGGCUGAAGCACCGAUCAACGUCAAACUCUUGCUUAUAGGAAACUCCUCUGUCGGGAAGAGUUCUCUGCUACUACGAUUCUCUGACCAACAAUGGUUACCUGAGGAUGAGGCGAGCGCAACCAUCGGUGUCGAUUUUCGGGUGCACAAGAUGGACGUAAAGGGGAAGAAGGUCAAGCUCUCCAUAUGGGAUACUGCUGGCCAAGAACGGUUCCGCACCAUCACUUCAUCGUACUAUCGCGGAGCGCAGGGGAUCAUUCUUGUAUACGAUGUGUCAAACCGGGAGACUUUCGAUGCGCUACCACGUUGGUAUUCCGAGCUUGAGACAUACGAGUACACUCGACAAGUACCGACAGCAGAAGCUGAAGCCUUCGCAAACCGCAUGGGCUCACUCUUCAUCGAAGCAUCGGCCAAGACAUCUGUCGGUGUGCGUGAAGCCUUCCGGAACGUUGUCGAGCAGAUCAUCGAUACUCCGGAAUUGUGGGGAAACGCUACGAAGUCAGGUGGCGCAUCUUCUGGUCGUAAAGCGCCCGCCUCCGCCUCUAACCAGACAAUGCCGGGCACUAUUGACCUCAGCGGUGACGCCGGAGACGAGCAGGGCGGUGGCUGUGGAUGCUGA